UACACCCGUCGGUUGCGCAGCACAUAAUCAACAAGUUUCUGACUCGGAAGGGUGAAAAACCAGCUGAAAUUUUUAAGUCGCAUCGUUACCUGCGAUGAAACAUGGGUGCACCAUUACACGCCUAAGUCAAAACAUGCGAGCAUGGAGUGGAGAAGAAGUGGCGAGGCGGCUCCGGUCAAAGCCAAAACUCGGCUGUCGCCUGGGAAAAUUUUUGCAACUGUUUUGUGGGACUUCCGAGGCGUAUUGUUAAUUAAUUUUCUUCAUGAAAGCCGUACGAUUAAUGCUGCCUACUAUUGCCAACUUCUUGCUGAGCCAAAACUUGCAUCUCGACGGAAAAGACGGGAUAUGCCCAUACGAGAAGUUCUUCUUCCAUACAACAAUCAAUGGUUUGCAGAGGGCGCAUCUAUCGAAUUUUAACACUGUUGCCACAUUCAUGAGUUCGCGCGCGCACGGGUUCCGAGAUAAAUGGUAAACCCUGUACAGAUACAUUGACUUCACAAAAAUGGAAGAAAAUGCAUCGAACGGGAUUGGACCACCCUCCUUAUAGUCCAGAUUUAAGCCCGUAUGAUUAUCACAUGUUUGGACCAUUAAAGGCGGAGUUGAGAGGACGUCAAUUCAUCGACGAUGAUGGCGUGGAGGCGUUCGUGUGCAACUAGCUUACGACAAACCCAACGCCUUUUUUCGAUGACGGAAUCAAAAAGUUGCCUAUCCGUUGGGAAAAAUGUGUAAAUAAAG